AUGGAGCCCCCGGCCGCCCCCUCGGAGAGGAGCUUGUCUCUGUCCCUGCCCGGGCCCCGGGAAGGCCAGGCUACCCUGAAGCCGCCCCCCCAGCACCUGUGGCGGCAGCCUAGGACCCCUAUCCGGAUCCAGCAGCGGGGCUACUCCGACAGCGCAGAGCGCGCGGAGCCCGAAUGGUCGCCACACCGGCCCAUAGAGCGCGCCGACGCCGUGGACACCAGCGACCGGCCGGGCUUGCGCACGUCCCGCAUGUCCUGGCCCUCGUCCUUCCACGGCACUAGCAGCGGCGGCGCGGGUGGAGGCAGCUGCAAGCGCUUCGAGGCCGCAGGGAAUGGGCCGACACCAUCGUCCGGCCGCAGCCCCCUGGACUCGCAGGCGAGCCCAGGCCUCGUGCUGCACGCCGGGGGGGCCACCGGCCAGCGGCGCGAGUCCUUCCUCUACCGCUCAGACAGUGACUACGACAUGUCGCCCAAGACCAUGUCCCGGAACUCGUCCGUCACCAGUGAAGCGCAUGCCGAAGAUCUCAUCGUGACCCCGUUUGCCCAGGUGCUGGCCAGUCUCCGGAGCGUCCGCAGCAACUUCUCCCUCCUGACCAAUGUGCCCAUUCCCAGCCACAAGCGGUCACCGCUGGGCGGCCCACCCCCUGUCUGCAAGGCCACUCUGUCAGAGGAGACCUGUCAGCAGUUGGCUCGGGAAACGUUGGAGGAGUUGGACUGGUGCCUGGAGCAGCUGGAGACCAUGCAGACCCACCGCUCUGUCAGCGAGAUGGCCUCUCAUAAGUUCAAGAGGAUGCUAAACCGAGAGCUUACGCACCUGUCUGAAAUGAGUAGGUCAGGAAACCAGGUCUCUGAGUACAUCUCUACCACGUUCCUGGACAAGCAGAAUGAAGUGGAGAUCCCGUCCCCCAUGAUGAAGGAGCAUCAGGAGAAGCAGCAGCCUGCGUGGCAGCGCCAGCACUCUCAGCAGCUCUCGCCCCCCGCACCCCACCUCCAGCCCAUGUCGCAGAUCACCGGAGUCAAGAAACUGAGGCACGGCAGCAGCCUGGACAACUCCAGCAUCCCCCGCUUCGGCGUGAAGAGCAAUCAAGAGGACCUCCUGGCCCAAGAACUGGAGAACCUGAACAAGUGGGGCUUGAACAUCUUUUGCGUGUCAGAUUACGCCGGAGGCCGAUCCCUGGGCUGCAUCAUGUACACGAUAUUUCAGGAGCGGGAUCUGCUGAAGAAGUUCCACAUCCCUGUGGACACCAUGGUGACGUACAUGCUGACCCUGGAGGACCACUACCACGGGGACGUGGCCUACCACAACAGCCUGCAUGCAGCCGAUGUGCUGCAGUCCACCCACGUGCUCCUGGCCACACCUGCGCUGGACGCCGUGUUCACCGACCUGGAGAUUCUCGCCGCCCUCUUCGCGGCCGCCAUCCACGAUGUGGACCACCCUGGGGUUUCCAACCAAUUCCUUAUCAACACCAAUUCAGAGCUCGCCCUCAUGUACAACGACGAGUCGGUCCUCGAGAACCACCACCUGGCCGUGGGCUUCAAGCUGCUGCAGGACGAAAACUGCGACAUCUUCCAGAACCUCAGCAAGCGCCAGCGGCAGAGCCUGCGCAAGAUGGUCAUCGACAUGGUGCUGGCCACGGACAUGUCCAAGCACAUGUCGCUGCUGGCUGACCUGAAGACCAUGGUGGAGACCAAGAAAGUGACCAGCUCGGGGGUCCUCCUGCUGGACAACUACGCUGACCGAAUCCAGGUCCUCCGGAACAUGGUGCACUGCGCCGACCUCAGCAACCCCACCAAGCCCCUGGAGCUGUACCGGCAGUGGACAGACCGCAUCAUGGCCGAGUUCUUCCAGCAGGGCGACCGCGAGCGCGAGCGCGGCAUGGAGAUCAGCCCCAUGUGCGACAAGCACACGGCCUCGGUGGAGAAGUCCCAGGUGGGCUUCAUCGACUACAUUGUGCACCCGCUGUGGGAGACGUGGGCAGACCUGGUCCACCCCGAUGCCCAGGGCAUCCUGGACACACUAGAGGACAACCGGGAUUGGUACUACAGCGCCAUUCGCCAGAGUCCCUCGCCACCCCCCGAGGAGGAGGAGCCCGGGGGCCCAGGCCACCCACCCCCCCCUGACAAGUUCCAGUUUGAGCUGACUCUGGAGGAGGAAGAGGAGGAGGAGGUGACCAAGACCCAGACCACAGCCCCAAGCCAAGCUACAUCCACAGUGCAAGAACUACCCCCAGCCCAGGGCGACCAGCUGGAGGAAGUGCACGUGGCCCCGUCUGCGCCCCCAGCCGAGAAGAGGACACCGUUGAAGGCCCAGGCUCAAGACGUAAGCUGCAGCAGCGCCCCUGCCCUGUCCCUUGGACACACCUUUCAGCCUGCCUUGAGGACCCCACUCCCUGAAGAGGAGGCCCCGGGCUUCCUGGGCCUCCCCUCCAUGGCGGCCGAGGGGGGGGCCCGAAGGGAACACAAGGCUGCCAAGAGAGCGUGUCAUCUGUGCACUGGGAUGUGCCCAAGGGACCCAGCCACACUUACAGCCUCCAACGGGCAGAGCUCAAGUGGAGACCCUCCCUGAACCCCAGCCCCCAGACCCUGUCCCCCCCAACGGUGGUCUCCAUCAGCACUCCCCGAGCGCCUCCUCCUAUGCCACAGAAGCUCGUGGGCCUGAGAAAAAAGAAAACAGAAAAGUAAUUUUUUUUUUCUCUUUUCUUUUUUGUCCCCUCUUCUCCGCACCCUUACCCAUGGGGAUUUUUGUGGUUGGUUAGUUUGGAUGGUUGGUUCGGGGAGGUGGGGGGCUGGGGAACGAGGUGCUGAGGUCUGGGAAGGGAUUUUAUUUUAUUUUUUAAUUUUAAGGGUUAACAUUUUUAGAAAAAGGAAAAAAAACGAUAACAAAAAAAGAAUUGAAACACAGCAACUGUAGAUGUUCCUGUUCCAGGCUGCCCCCCUCCCUCACCCAGGUCCCCUGCUCCCUGAAUCCCCCACCCCUCACCCCAGGUUCUAGUCUUCCAGCCUCACAGCCCAGGCCCAAGCCCAAGCUGGGGUGCGGAGUCCCCGUCACCCCUCAACCCAUCACUCCCUACCCACCCCCCACCCCCCAGCCCGGCUUUUCUCCUGAAUUGGGGAGGAUCUUUGGAACCUAGUCAGGAAUAGCCAUUCUGGGCGGAGUUGGGGGUCUCAGUGGGAGGCCCUGGCCCCAGCCCCUUCCUGACUUCCCCAACAAAGUCUUCCGCUUCAUUUUGCACAACCUUUUGCACAAACCGGGCUAUGCUGCCUGGGGUAGGGGCGGGAUCCUGCUCACUUUAAGGUGGGGAGGGGUCAUUCCCACUGGCUAGCCUUGAGCCUGAGGUUUGGGGAAGGCUUGAUAGCCCCCCCUCCACUUACCACCUUUCUUCCCCUUCCAGUUUAUUUGGAAUUGUUUCCGUUUGGGGGGGGGGGAGCCGCAGCUCUGCCCUGCACCCUCCUUUCCAGCUGCUUCUCCUCUUGUUUCUGCCUUAAUGACCCCCCCACCCCACCCUGUGGCCAUAGGAGAGGGGGGUUACAGUGGCUCCCGGCUACUUCUGGAGUGAAGGUAGGGUGUCAGGAGCCCCCCUACUGGGGGUGCCUCCCCCAUCAUUCUCCCAGCCCCUUCUGGACUGACUGUAGCCCAUCCCUUCGCCCUGGGAGGAAGCAAUAAAGAUGUACACCCAUAUUCCCUUCCUGGGCACUCCGUCUCACCCUGGCACCAGAGUCUUUUCUGGACCAUUCCUUCCCUGUGCUCCCCCAGUGCUACUCAUCCUGGCUAAUCCCCCAAGCCAUGGGGGAUUGCUUAGGAAAAAAACCACCCUCUCUUUCCCUCAUGCCCCCCUAGCCUGGCUCUACAGGUUGGCAAGGCAGGGUGAACUCUUGCAUUGCCCUUUCCCCUUACUUCUGAGCACACGGUACUGUAGCCCCCAGCUCCCUCCCACCAGCCUAGACUUCCAUCUGUUACCUCCCCCCUCCCCCAGGUGAGGGCUCCCAGCCCCUUGAUGCUGUACAGGGUUUAUUUUUGUAGCACAAGCAGUUUCUGUCUCCGCAGCCACCCGAGUGGGUCUUUUGUGGCGGUGUUUUCUCGUCCCCGGUUCUCCUUUUAUACACGCUGUCAGGCUGGUCUGUGCAUUAUUCUACCGAGGCAUAAAGGGACACCAGAAUUUGCCCUUCCCUGGCUGCCCACGCCCCGACUGGCUCUGGCUGGGGAAGAAGGCCUGGCCUCAGGAAGGAAGCCUUCUGCACUCCUGCUGAAUUAUAUAAACUGGGGGGGGGGCGCCCCCCCCCAGGAGCCAGGCCGGGCGGGGAGUAGGGCAAGAUGGGCCCGCAGCCCCUAUCCAGGGCCCUCUUUUCCCAGGGUGGGUGCAGGGCCCUCGGGAGCCCCGUGUGUAUUGUCCACUUGACGAUCAGUCCGCGUGUUGUUGAUCGGUACCCAAUCGUGUCUCCGAUUAAACCGAGGCUUUCACCGAC